AUGAUCCUGACAAAGGCUGUCAACACAGGCCAUGGCUCCUUUGGAGUCAUCCGAAAGGUGCGCAGAAAGGUGGAUGGCAUGAUUCUCUGCCGCAAGGAGAUAAGCUACCUGAAGAUGUCGCAAAAGGAGAGAGAGCAGCUGCAUGCCGAGUUCCAGAUCCUAUCCACACUCCGCCAUCCCAAUAUUGUGGGCUACUACCACCGAGAGCAUCUCAAGGCAACACAAGACCUUCACCUCUACAUGGAAUACUGCGGCAAUGGAGACCUGGGGCGCGUCAUUCGCGACCUGCAGCAGAAGAACCAGUAUGCUGAAGAGCCAUUCGUCUGGAGUAUUUUCGCCCAGCUCGUUACUGCACUUUUCCGUUGCCAUUACGGUGUUGAUCCGCCAGAGGUAGGGAAACAUGUGCUGGGUCUGGGAGCUACGGCGAAACCGAAGGCCCCUACUGGAGGCAUGGUCAUCCUGCACCGAGAUCUGAAGCCGGAGAAUGUCUUCCUUGGCGCAGACAACUCGGUCAAGCUCGGUGAUUUCGGUCUCUCCAAGAUGAUUCAAUCCCAUGACUUUGCAUCAACUUAUGUGGGAACUCCCUUCUAUAUGUCACCAGAGAUCUGUGCCGCAGAGAAAUACACUCUGAAAUCCGACAUAUGGUCUUUGGGCUGUAUUAUCUACGAGCUCUGCACGCGAGAACCCCCCUUCAACGCCAAGUCACACUUCCAGCUGGUUCAGAAGAUCAAGGAGGGCAAGAUCGCCCCCUUGCCUUCCGUUUACUCAGCAGAGCUUACAGCAGUAAUCAAAGACUGCCUGAGGGUCAAUCCGGAUCGACGGCCUGACACGGCCGCUCUCCUUAAUCUCCCUGUGGUCCGAUUGAUGCGCAAGGAGAAAGAGGUAGUUGAUAUGAGUAGGGUACUGAAGACUAAAGAGGAAGCUCUCGAGAAGCGGAUUCGAGAACUGGAUCAAAAGAUCAGCUCCGUGGAUGCUGAUAAAGCCUACAUACGUCAGGAGAUUGAUUCUUCAUUACGUCGCGAGUGGGAGGUCAAAGCACGUCUAGAAAUCGAUCGACUAGUCAACACAGAGAUUGAACAGCUGAAGAAGAAAUUCGACCAGGAAGUUCAAGCACGCGUUGAGCUAGAACUCCAACAGCAAAAGAAGACAGUCACUUUCAACGAGGAGGAGCUCGAGCCUCAGGAUUUCUCAUCAUCAGUCACAAAGUCUGACUACCCCUUUUCCUCAAUCGGUGCCGGCAGCGCCGAUGGAGAAUUCCCCUCUACAACAGACAUCACUGAACUAUCAGUUGACUCACCAGACACUUCUGCUCACGAAGUGAAGAAGCCCACCCGUACCCCCUUCGGCCGAGCCCAGACCAUGUUUGCAGGCACCCCAAUGGAUAUUGAGAUGGCAUCACCGUCUCCAAUUGCCAUUGCAUCGCUGUCUCUAUCUCCUAGACGGACAGCAGCCACUAAAGCUCCUAAUGCUCACCAGCCAAAUAUCUUCACUAUGCCCGGCGCAGUUGCUGGAGAUCCGCGCUGGGAGGCUACACGCGACGGGCCGGGACUUGGAUCUGAUUCAGAUUCAGAAGACGAAGUGGUCAUUCCUUCACCCACGAGAAUGAUCAAGUCUAGCAAGAACCCAUUUUCGUCAAAAACGCGACCUCAAUUGUCGCAUAUGAAGACCGCUCCUGUCAACCGAUUGAAGUCGCAACCUUCACUACCCGCACCCUCCAAAACUACCGGCGCAAUCCCGACUAUCGGCUCGAGCCAAGAUCUUCGUCAGGAACGAAGCAAUGGUGCUCUGCGAGAACGGUGCACCUCCCCCAACCGCCGAUUGUCUAAGAUCCCUUCGGCCGCCAGUCUCGCACCAAACGGCGCAGUGGACACCACACCGCAGGGUCUGACGCGUAAGCCCUCAUUCACCAAGAAGGACUUUGAGCCACCAUCCUCGGGUCUGGUGAGCAAGGCCGCGCCCAAAAACAACAUCAAAGGCCGCACGCUUGUGGAGCUUCAGCAGGCCCGUGCCGGUGGUCGACCUCUAAGUGCCGUCAUGGGAGCUGAGAACAAUGUUAGCCCCAAGCGUGCCUUCAAGGAGCACGUUGUUGCCACUCACCGUGGAGCUGCAUCUGAGCCUGCUGCCAUCUGGGAUCCGGAGCAUGACGAGAUGCCCAGCCCCUUCCUUGUGCGAAGAAAGCCAAUCGCUCGGGUAUAG